UUCAAGGCUUGGGCUGAAAUAGAUACCCAGAGGAUACGCCCAUAAAUAUAGCUUAUACAUCACCCUAAGAUUAGGGUUUAGUUUUCUCUCUUCUGCCGCAGUUAGAAGCCAUCUCUCACUGAGAACGAGCUUCAUCGAAGACAUGUCGCUGGUGGCCGGUGAAGAGUUUCAGCACAUUCUUCGUGUGCAGAACACGAAUGUCGAUGGCAAACAGAAGAUUAUGUUUGCACUCACCUCCAUCAAAGGUAUCGGCCGUCGUUUCGCCAACAUCGUCUGCAAGAAAGCCGAUAUCGACAUGAACAAAAGGGCUGGUGAACUUUCAGCAGCAGAAAUCGAUGGCCUGAUGACCAUUGUUGCAAAUCCUCGCCAGUUUAAAAUCCCUGAUUGGUUUCUGAACAGGAAGAAGGAUUAUAAGGAUGGAAAGUAUUCUCAGGUCACAUCCAAUGCCCUGGACAUGAAGCUGAGGGAUGAUCUUGAGCGGUUGAAAAAGAUCAGGAACCACCGUGGUCUACGUCACUACUGGGGUCUUCGAGUUCGUGGGCAGCACACCAAGACUACUGGCCGCAGGGGAAAGACUGUUGGUGUUUCUAAGAAGCGAUAAUCUGGUUUCCCAUUUAUGUUGUUCUUGCUACUAGUUUCAUUGUGCUUCAAACUUUUAUCAAAUUUUAGUAUGUCUUGAUAAUUUGGCCCGUUGCUUUAUUGUAUCUCUUUACCGAUUUUGGUUUUUCUAUGCAACUCAUCAAUAUUUUCUGUUUUGACAAUAUUACGACUUCUGGGCAAUUUAUUAGUGUUCUAUUUUCUAUAA